GAAGAAGCAAAGACAGUACCGCAAUUGAAGCAGCUGCUCUGGAAGUUCCUUGGAACUCACAAGAGACCCCAGCCGGAUUCGAGCCUCGGUCCUACUCCCACUCCAACACCAGGAGUGAUUCUCAUUAAGUUCUUCAAGCCGGCCUCGUCGCGCUGAGGACGCGGCACCCGGGUAAUUUUCGUAUCUCCAAUCGACGAGGAAGACGCAGACACCAUGAGGGGUGUGAUGCGCGGGGGUCGAGGCAUAGGCCCAAGACCGUUCUUCAAAAAACAGUUCAUUCCCCACAUACCGUUCGAUUUACAUUUGACGGGGCUGGUAUUCCAGAAGGUUUCCGCUGCGUGGGAUGACUCCGAGCUCGCGGCGGCUCUUCUGAAGAAGAAUCAGGACCUCACACCUCCGGAGGCGGAACAGCAAGCUCUCCUCAACCUUGUGACGAAGGUUCAAAGCGUUCUCGAUCAGAUUAUCGUGGAUCCGAAAGGUUUCGACUCGUGUCAAAUCGAAGAGGUUCGUCAGGUCGGCUCAUACCGGAAAGGAACAAUGAUCGCCGGACAUAAAACCGCCGACUUCGUCAUUCUCCUGAAGACUUUGCCCACGGAAGAAGCUGUGAUGCGCUUAGGCCAAAAAAUCCUAGAGGACCUCAAGAGUUCCGAUGCUACCCUGGAGGUGUCGCUCACCAAAGAUCCCUGUGGGUUCACCAUAAAUUCCGAUAGCAAUGGUUUCUCCGCGCGCUGCCUGAUCACCACAGUGCCACCGAACAUGCGGAAACUCGAACCUGAUCUCCAUCUACCACAGCGACUCGUCCAAAAUAAUUUGGCAGCUCUGCGGCACGCUCGUUGGUUUGACGACAACGGUCAGAACCAGCCCACCGUCAAGAUCCUGAUCCGCCUCAUAAGGGAUUUAAGAAAUCGUUUCGAAGGGCUCCAGCCUCUGAACCCCUGGAUGGUUGAUCUUCUCUGUCAUUACUCUCUCAUGAACACCAUCGACGGAGCGCCUCUGCCGUUGGCUGAGGCCUAUAAACGCGUCCUGCAGCUAUUAGCCUGCGGCCUCUUCACACCAGGGUCUUGCGGAAUCCAAGAUCCUUGCGAGUUGAAUGUCAUCCGAGUCCACACAGCCAUGACGGUAGAGGAGCAGGACACCGUCUGCAUGACGGCUCAGAACCUCGCUCGUCAUCUUCUUCACGGAAACUUCAAAGCUGUUUUGGGUGAUUGCAAGCGUGGCGAGGCAAUCGAAAAGGACACAUGCGUUUUCAAUGGGGUCGUCAUCACUCCAUUAGGGCCCGCGUACGAGAAGCCUCAGGAGAAGACCGAGGAAGAGCUGGAGGAAAGCGAUGCCGAGCCCGAAGAGGAAGGAAUGCAGACCGAGUGAAUGCAGAGUGCGCGGGCUCUUCUCGAGAGCCGCAUGGAGUGAAUGUCGGAUGAAUUGUGAAGCAAGUCGAGUGAUGAGAGAAACCGCUCAUUUCGAAAAGUGUGGAUUCUGCUCAGCCCGAUCGACUCUCCAUUUCCGGAGGUCUUUUUUUUUUAUUUAUUGGAGCGAAUCACUGGGGACGAUUGUCGAUUGGAUACAAGUUGUAAACUCCUGGAUUAUUCUCAUCUCACAUGGCUCAAAAU